AAGCUUCUGCACUCUGUGAACUGUUGAGUCACAAAGUUUGGUGAGCCCAAUCAAUUGCUUCCUGCUACUAGAAGGAAAUUAAUUCUUCAUUAUGCAGAGGACUUGACAAGUUGUCAUCCGGAGAGGCCAUUCGUAGUUAUGUCACACUUCUUCUACUUGACUCCACAAAUUCUUCUGCCCUUUAGCCCUCUUACUUCUCAAGAGUUUGAUCUGAUCAGACGCAAGGCUGGAGCAUCUUGGCAGGAUGAAACACGAUGGUCAGAUUCUUCCGUGACAACAUACACAGGCAGUUACCGGAAAAAACAACUGGACAAGUCCAUGUGCAGCCAAUUUUCUUUUAGAGCAGGACAGCAUGAGCCUGAGUGUAAACAGAUGUCAUUGCCAAACAGUUCUGCCUGUCAUCUUCUCUGCUGGGCUGGUACCCAAGAGACUACAGAUGUCAAAGGACUAUUCCCUGAUAUAACCAGGCCCUUUAAAAAGUCAUUUGAUGUCAAGCAUGGAGUGGCACAUCAAAUUUGGGAUUUUGGUGAUUGUUUUCCAACACCUCCAAAUUAUGGAAAAUACUGUAUGAGACCUAAAAAGCCAGCACAGGAGGCCCUGAUAAACUACAGUCGACGAGGGAAAGGUGUCCUAAAGCAUCUUCAUGGACGGUGCGAUUCUGAAAGCAAGGUUGGCUCAUCUGAGGAUUCAGAAGCUGAUCGAUACUCCGAUUAUGGCUGGGGAAGACCCUCAUCGCCAUUUAACUGAGUUGGAAAAUGAAGCCACAAUGCUGGAGGCGUGGAGUUUGCUUAAGAAACAACUUUGAGAUUCAACUACAAAGAAAGAAUUAUGAACAGAAGCUCUACUACUUCAUAAAGAAGAAGAGGCCUUGAUUAAUAAAUAACCCUUCAGAUGUUGCACAGGGAAAAACGGGG